AGCUUAAUUUAGAUAAGGGUUACCAGCAACAAAUCCUUAUACUUUAGACAGCAGCUGACGAGAUACAGCAUGUCUCUUUCUUCAGAAGGACUCACACUUCUCCUGCUAAUCACAGUUGUGAUGCUGUGCAUGAAACAAUUAUUUUCAUAUUAUAAAGGAAACAAAUACCACUUACCUCCAGGACCAACUCCUCUACCAAUUAUAGGAAAUCUGCACUUGGUGGGAACAAAAAGACAAGAUUUAGUUUUCAUGAAGCUUGCUGAAAAAUAUGGUCCGAUUUUCACUUUCUACUUGGGGUCUAGCCCAGCUGUGGUUCUGGUUGGAUAUGAUGUCAUGAAAGAGGCCCUGCUGAAUUCCUCUUAUGAUUUUGGAAAUCGAGCUCCUGUCCCUCUAAUUGAUAAUUUCCAGCAUGGUCAAGGAGUGUUCUUUUCUAAUGGAGAAAUCUGGAAAACAACUAGAAGAUUUGCUCUUUCCAUCCUGAGAGACCUUGGCAUGGGGAAGAGUCCAAUUGAAGGCAAGAUUAUUGAGGAGUUGCAUUACCUAAAUGAAUUAAUUAGGUCGUACAAUGGUAAACCUUUUAAUCAAAAAGUAUUUGGCAAUGCUCCUCCCAAUAUCACUUUUGGAUUGUUAUUUGGAAAACGUUUUGACUAUGAUCACCCAACUUUUCGAAAAAUAGUAAAAAAUGUAGACGAUAUUGUCAUCCUUGCUGGUACUCCAGAAGCACAGUUUUACAACGUUUUCCCCAUUCUUGGAUAUAUCUUGAAUACACCCCAUGUAGUUGUUAAAAAAGUCGAAGAGAUACAAGAAAUUAUGAAAAAACUUUUUGUUGAACUGCGGGAAUCUUUAAAUGAAAAUUGCUGGAGAACUUACACUGAAGCGUUUAUGCUCAAAGACCAGAUGGAAACAAAUACUGCAGAAAAUGGAAAAAUCUUUCAAGAGAAAAACUUGUUAGCUUCUAUGUUUGAUAUCAUACUUGGUGGCACAGAGACCACUGCUGCCACAAUUCAAUGGGGUAUCCUGUUUCUGAUGAAAUAUCCUCAUAUCCAGAAGAAAGCUCAAGAGGAAAUUGAGAGUGUGAUAGGGCUUGAACGUCCCCCUACAUGGGAUGAUCAGAAGUGCCUGCCGUACUGCUUAGCAAUGGUGCAUGAAAUACAACGCUUGGGUAACAUACUUCAAUUCAUACCGCAUGCUACAGCAGCAGAUGCCCACUUCAGAGGCUACUUUAUUCCUAAGGGAACACUUGUGAUUCCACUUCUGACCGGCGUUCUUUAUGAUAAAACUCAGUGGGCCACACCAAGAGAAUUUAACCCUGACCAUUUCCUGGACUCCGAUGGGAAGUUUUUGAAGAAAGAUGCUUUUUAUCCAUUUUCCAAAGGACGCCGGGCUUGUGCUGGAGAAAGCUUAGCAAGGAUGGAAGUCUUUAUCUUCAUUAUUGGUUUACUGCAGAAAUUCACCUUUACACCUCCACCAGGUGUGGACAGGUCUGACCUAGAUAUGGAUGCUGAGGUGUGCUUCACUUUAAGGCCAAAAUAUUAUAAUGUUUGUGCCAUCCCCAGAACAUAAGGAGACAAGUCACAAUAACGUAAAAGAAGAAUAUACCUAUUUACCGCCAAUGAGCUUCUGCCAUUUAAAGGGAUAGUCUAGUCAAAAUUAAACUUGCAUGAUUCAGAUAGAGCAGACAAUUAUAAGCAAC